AUGGUUGGAGGACUUUCGGGCUUCCGGAAGGACGAUGUUGGAGGAAUGGCAAAUUGUGUUGAUUCGGUUGUCUUGUGGGUUCCUCGCGAUGCCAUGGUCGUUAAGGGACUCAUGGACUUCAGGAUGAAGACAUUGGAAAAUAUUUAUGUACUAUUCUUUGAUUUCUGGGGGCUCCUGCGAUGCCAUGGUCGUGGGGAGUUCCUAGAUUUGGAGAUUAUUUGA